AAUGACAAACAUUUGUGCAAAGUUGCAAACUCACCAAGUUUAGGCGGGAAGUCCAGUCGACUAUCCCAGCAUCUAUGCCUACGACCCCAACUUCCCUCCUCCGUCGUCCUUCUUCCGCCACCUCCAUUUUCUUCCUUCGUCUCUUCUCUUCAUCUUCCUCUUCUCUCUCUCUUCUCGAAGAAGACGACUCUGCAACUCUUUCCAACUUUAUUCCUCAAAAACCCAGAUUUCAAAAACAUCAUCAAUGGCGGCAAACCCUAGAAUCACACCUCCAAAGAAGAGAACACCUGUUUUCUCUCCUACAAUCUUGUUCUACUCAUACCCAUUUCCUUCAACUCCAUACCCAAUUCGUCUACACUGAUCUUAUUCAACAUCCUCGUCUUUCUCUCAAGUUCCUUGCUCGAGCAGUCAGAAUAUGCCCUCAGAAUGUUGUUUACCUCUUUCGAAUUUUCAACCAGAUUGUAAUGCCUACUUCUUUGCAUUAUAAUACCAUGAUUAGGGCUUUUUCUUGUAGUGGAAUCCCUUCUGAUGGGGUUAAGUUUUAUCGGAUGAUGAAGCGGGAAGGUGUUGAAUCGAAUCAUCUCACCCUAUCGUUUUGUCUUGAUUGUUGUACUGAGAAUUCUGCUUUGAUUGAGGGAAUGCAGAUUCAUAAGAGUGUUUUGGUUGAUGGGUAUGAGAGAGAUUGUGUUUUGAUGACUUCUUUGAUGGAGUUGUAUUCGGGUUGUAGGCGGUGUGAUGAUGCAUGUAAGGUGUUUGAUAAUAUGCCUCACAGAGAUACUGUUGCUUAUAAUGCUUUGAUUUCUUGUUUUGUGAAUAAUAAGAGGACUAGAGAUGCUUUGUCUGUGUAUAAAUCUAUGCUGACUCUGGAAAGAGAUUGUAGACCUGAUGAAGUUACUUGCUUGCUAUUGAUUCAAGCUUGUGGUGAAUUAGGCGCGCUAGAUUUUGGUAGGUGUGUAGUGAAUUACAUGGAGAAACAUGGUUAUGGUACGUCGAUGAGGCUAAGUAAUGCUCUUAUUGCCAUGUAUUCGAAAUGCGGAUGUGUGGAUGACGCAUAUCGAAUCUUUGAAAGAAUGCCUACAAAGAACUUGGUCUCGUGGAGUUCAAUGAUAUCAGGCUUUGGGAUCAAUGGGUAUGGAAAACAUGCCGUUGAACUGUUUUGGGAGAUGCAUAGGAUGGGCAUUGCCCCUGAUGCUAAGGCUAUUACCGCGGUAUUAUAUGCCUGCAGUCAUAGAGGGUUGCUGGAUGAGGGUUUGCUGAUUUUUGAGAAGAUGACUCAGGAGUUUGGGAUACAUCCAAAUAUCCAUCAUUAUGGGUGUGUUGUUGAUAUAUUAGGUCGUGCUGGCUCACUUGACCAAGCAUAUGAUCUUAUUAUAUCCAUGAAAGAUAAACCGGAUAUAAAAGUUUGGAGGACCUUGCUCAUGGCUUGUAGAAUGCACAAGAAUUUUGGCCUGGCAGAGCGAGUGAUUGAGCAUAUAACGGAACUUAAGGCCCAAGAGGCAGGAAAUUAUAUUCUGUUGUUGAAUACUUAUUCUUCAAAUGGCAAAUGGAAUAAAGUGAGAGAACUAAGGAAAUUUAUGGAAGAACAAGGAAUUCUUACAACAGGGUCUAGUACGAUUGAGGUAAAAGGAAUGGUGCAUAAGUUUGUUGUUGGCAAUGUUUCACAUCCACGCAAGGAUGAGAUAUAUGAAAUGCUCAAUGAAAUCUUGCAACAAUUGAAGAUUGCUGGAUAUGUGCCAGAAGCAUCAUCAGAAUUACAUGACUUAGAUUUGAUUGAGAAGGAAACUGCAGCCUCUUCUCAUAGUGAAAAGCUAGCUAUUGCUUUUGGGGUCCUCUCUACUCCCCCUAGCACUACAAUUAGAGUUGCCAACAGUGCUCAGAUUUGUGAUGAUUGCCAUAACUUUGCUAAGGUUUUUUCUGCUGUUUAUAAUCGAAAACUGAUAAUCAGUGAUCCAAAUAGGAUUCACCAUUUUAGAGAAGGAAAAUGUUCCUGUGAUUACUGCUGGUAGUUAUGCUAGGCAACUACGUUACUCGGACUCAGGCACUCUUGUUGGACACAGAUACAUGUCCCAGUGGUGGGCUUGGAUAUUUAAUGAUUAUAUUCCAUGAUUUUGGUCCAAAAUAAAAUGUCAAGUGUCCAUAUCCAUGUCGAAAGGCCUGUCUAGAAAUUGAGGUGAAAUUGAAGAGUUUGAGGAACAUCGCCAUCAAUGUUAUGGCCGAAUAUACAGUCACUCAGAUUAAUGACUACAAGCCUUUUGUCUGGCACCUUUUGGACCAAGGAAGAUAAUAAGGGAUUACGCAGAAGAUGGUAGAUGUAAGAUUCAAGAUUAAAAACUUUUCCAAGUGCAUAUAUGUAUGACUAUAUGAGCUUCAGGUCUUUGUCAAUCGUGAUUCAAGAGCUUGAUAAAUGAAGUUGGAACUGAGCUGUAUGAUAGGUUUUGAUUAAAAAAAAAAUCGAAAAGGUUAUGAUGUAAUGGAGCAGAUAUAUGAUUUACUUCCAGAAUCAGCUAAUAAUCUUGAAGUACAAGAUCUUGAGGAAAAUACUUGAAACAUACUAGUAAAUUAACACUCCGAAUUAUAGCCAUUUUGCUGACAC